AGGUAAGUACAAUGACAUGGUCUGCUCCAAAGGUUUUCUUUCAUUGCGUGUGCCAAAUCUAACACAAUUCACACGUGUCGUAUCGGUACCUAAGUUAAGUUAAAACACUUCUUAGAACCUAUAUGCCUAUACAAGAUACGGAAAAAUAUUUAGUAGGAAUGCCGAAAGUUGAAGACAAUAAGCCACAUAAAGAAGAGUAUACCAAGAAGCAGGAUCAGACAAUGUCACGGGAUUACACUAUAGUUUGGUCCAUGGUCCUUGUUAUGGUAUACUGGCAUGUCGGAGCAUUGUAUGGACUGUACUUAUUGUUGUUUAAGUCUGUCAGAUUGGCUACGUUAUUACUCAAUUUCCUAAUAUACAUGGCGACGAGUUGGGGAAUCGGUGCCGGCACUCAUCGCCUCUUCUGUCACAGAGCCUACAAGGCGAACUACCCUGUACAGGUCCUGCUCAUGAUAUUCCACACCUUCGGAUGUCAGUCUACUGUCAUCAACUGGGCGAGAGAUCACAGAUUACACCACAAGUAUACGGACACGGAUGCCGACCCAUACAACUCCAAAAGAGGGUUUUUUUUCUCACACAUCGGCUGGUUGUUAGUGAAAAAGCAUCCAGAGCUUAUUGAGAAAGGCAAAACGAUAGACCUAUCGGAUUUGUAUGAAAAUCCUGUGUUGCAGUUUCAAAAGAAAUAUUACGUCGCCCUCAGUUUGUCACUAGCCUUCAUACUACCAUCGCUCACACCAGUGAUCUUCUGGCACGAAUCUCUGAACAACUCCUACCACUUAUCCCUUCUCCGUAUAGUCCUUGGCUCCCACUUAGUUUUCUCCAUCAACAGCGUAGCCCACAUUUUCGGCAACAAGCCGUAUGACAAAGUUAUAUCACCAACAACCAAUGUAACAUUGGCCGUUCUCACUUUUGGAGAAGGCUAUCAUAAUUACCACCAUGUUUUUCCUUUUGACUAUAGAGCAUCGGAGUUUGGAAACAACUUCUUGAAUUUUUCGACGAAGUUCAUUGAUUUCUGCGCGUGGAUUGGGUGGGCGUAUGACUUGAAAUAUGUUUCUGGUGACGUUAUUGAGGGGAGAGCGAAAAAAACUGGAGAUGGAAGCGAUUUGUGGGGAAGAGGCCAGACAAAAAUUAAAGGAUGAUUCCAUUGGCCGUAUUUAACAGUGGUUUGUGGUUAAAUAAGUUUAAAUACACAAUU